AUGACGCUCUAUUUUCAGGACGCGCUGUUCAUCAAGCUCAAGCCCACAAUCACCAAUGUGCUGUUCGGUUCGGUGCUGCUUGGGGGGUUGGCAUUCGGCCAAUCGCUGCUGCGCUACGUUUUCGGGGAAGUCUAUAAGCUCCAGGACCGCGGCUGGUAUCUCAUGACCCUGCGCUGGGGCAUCUUCUUUUUCGUCCUCGCCGCGCUCAACGAGAUCGUCUGGCGCAAUUUUUCCGACGAUUUCUGGGUGGCCUUCAAGGUCUGGGGUAUCAUGCCGCUGACCAUGGCUUUCGCCAUGAGCCAGUUGCCCCUGCUCAACAAAUACGCGCCGCGCGAAGAACCGCCGGUAAAUCCCGUCAAGGCAGCCGCGGAAGGCGCUCAGACCGAAAUGUAG